UGCGUUUGACCAUUUACUCUAUCAAGAAACACUAGGCAGACUCACUGUAUGCUGGGAAGGAAUGAAGCUUGCGCUGGUCUGGCCGUGGGUCAGUUGGUGCUAAAUUUCUUUGAGUACCAAAAGAGUAUAUGCUUCGCUUCUACACCAGGUGCAGGGCGUAGCGUAUAUACACUGAGCUUUUUUCGAACAAACAAGAGGAUUCAGCCUGCUCGUCUCGAACACUAUCUAGAUGCAACCUUUUGGACCCCGAUAUCUAUGCAUGAUUGAUGUCGCCUUUCCAGAACCGGCGAAAAAAACUGGUGAAGGGGGCCGGAAUGGCAGCGGUACUACCAC